AUGGGAAAGAAGCGGUGCACGACGCACAUCCCGAUGGUGCAUGUCGACCUCACGCUCAGACUUGGGCCUGUGCAGGGCCUAGCGUGCCUCGCCAUUGCAUGCCGUAGUGAGGGCUCACCGCGGUCGAUCAAUGAGCUAGCUUCGGCAACAGCUGAAGGCUCGGCGGCAAGAAGGGAAACCGCAAAGCUAACCGCGCGCAUCAGGAAGCACCUCGGGGAGGAGGGCGUCGGGCUGACGGGCGUCGGUGUGGUGCGUGCAUCGAACUAUUUGUGCCACUUUGGUAAGCAACUUGGUAUGAGUGGUCGGGAAGUCGCAUCGGCUAAGGAGGCGGCGAGACGGCUGGAGGAGGACGACCUUGGCAUGCGAAACACCGGCGAGUCCAUAGCGGCGGGCAUCGUGUGCAUGGUCCUAGAGCAUGGCGAUGACAAUAGGCCCGUCGUCAGUGAUGUGGCAAAGGUCACCGGCGUGUCAAUGCAUACCAUCCAGGUGGUGUGCAAGAAGUUGCGCCCGCAUGCCGAGAUGCUAUUUGAAUGA